CAUGCAUAGCAAGGUAUGCCCAUGCAUAGCAAGGUAUGCCCAUGCAUACCGGUAUCAUAUUUCAGGAUGGUGUUGUAAAGUAUUCUACCAAUAAGACAAGAUGAUGAAGAAGCGGUUUGGUCGUCUUUUGGCUCCUCUUCUGUCGCUGGUGCUGCUUUGGUUCGCCCAGAGCGUUUCCUCGACAGCGAUCCCAACGCUGCGAAAGAAUCGGGCACAAACCCGCCUUGGUGGAGAAAACGAUCCUGGCGCACAGACAGUAGCUGACGGGUCCGCUCUCUAUCAAUCGAAAAGGUCAUUCAAGGGAGGGGGUCCGCUGCUCGCAUGGAGCAGAAUCCACGCAUUAUCCAAGCAAGUGGCGAUUCAUAUAGCCUCUGGAAAUGUCCUCACCCCAACCAUCACACCUCGCAUUGUAUGCAUGUCAGGGAUUGCAUGCGCCCUUGCUGCCAAUGUCGCGCUCCAAAAAUCCGAAGCAGCGCAACGGGCAUGUUUCUUUUGGCAAAAAGCAGGUCCCAUUGUGGCUCACUACAAGUUUACACAAUGGUGGCUGAGAACGCGAAAGGCACCAAUAGAAAGACGCCAUGCUGUCUAUCAAUCGCUCCAUAAUCGAUACUGCGAACCGUGCUUGGAUCUCGCACUGGACUUGAAAGGUCUUUAUGUGAAGAUGGGCCAGGUCAUGUCGUCUAGGGCUGACUUUAUGCCUGUUCAGUAUGUGAAUGUCUUCUCUACCCUACAGGAUUCAGUUCCCCAAUGGCCCAUUGAAGAUGCCGUCGAAAUUGUAAGGGAUUCAUUAAAGAAAGAGUGGGGCGUAGAUUACGAUGAUGUCUUUGAGAGUAUUGAUCCGGUGGCGCUGGGGUGUGCAGCCAUUGGACAGGUACACAGGGCUGAACUCAAAGAUUACUGGUUGAAGGCGGAUCCUGGGUACAAGGGAGGAAAGGUUGUGGCAGUAAAGAUUAUGCAUCCCGAUGCUCAUCAACGGUUUGCGUGCGACUUUCAAGUCUUCAAGUGGCUCACCAGGAUUGCUCUGCCUGGGUGGAGUCCGCUACUGGAAGAGCUAGAGCGACGGCUGAUGACCGAGUUUGACUAUCACACUGAAAGGGACAAUCAAAUGUUAGUGCGCAACAAUUUGAUGAAGUCCCCUUACAAACGACAAUUCAAAAUUCCUCAGCCAUAUGAUAACCUAUGCUGCAAGCAUGUGCUGGUGAUGGAACUGCUGGAUGGCCAGAAGUUCAAGGAUGCGAUUGAAGAAAAGUUGUCAAGAGUGGUUGGCGGUGAUAGAGAGAAAGUCUCCAACUUUCUGGCACAACGACAAAAAGAGAUCAUGUUUGGUCGGAACUCAUCCGAGGAUUCAAAGGCCAGUAUAUAUGACUUGCUAGAUUUGCAUGGAAUCCGUGGAGUGAUCCGUGCUUUCAGAGCGCUUGCAUUGUAUAGAAAGGUUCAAAAGGACAUUGAUCUGCUGGUUGAAGUCCACGGGCACCAAAUUUUUCAGGAUGCAGUUUUUAAUGGAGACCCUCAUCCAGGGAACAUCAUGGAACUAUCCGACGGACGGUUAGGCUUGAUUGACUUUGGUCAAACAAAGAAGCUGGACGACAAUGAGCGCUUAGCCUAUGCCAGGAUCGUCAACGCCGUGGGAAGUAAAGCAGAUAGUCACCAAAUUGCUGAGGCAAUGAGAGCUGCUGGAUUCCAGAGUAAGCUGGACGAGGAUGACACCCUGGCAGAAUUUGCUGGUCUAUUCUUCGACUCCGAUUUCUUGUACAAAGAAAAAGGUCAUGAUACCCCACAGGACUACUUCCAGAGUCUCAUGGAGUCAGAUCCACUGACGACUAUCCCUGAUGCUGCCAUUAUGGUGGCACGUGUAUCCAUCCUUUUCAGAGGUGCAGGUACAGCCAUAAAUCACCAAGUGCAGACCUCAAAUAGUUGGAGGAAACAUGCACAUCAGGCACUCGAAGAGGCCUCGAGACACAGCCUCGUUACGGACGCAGAAGCUACCUAGCUAGCCAAUGCAACAUCACAAAAACUGACAUCCUAGUAGCCUCUAGCGAGGUAGCUAGAAGGACUUCCAUCAAUCAGCGAGUCCAGACUGUGUUGGACGAAACCUGCACCAAAGGGGUCGAGAGGCCUUAAUAUGAAGCUAGACAGCAACACACUAGCUAAUCUGUCAGUGACGGUGCAUGGUCAAUCAAGAAGGACACAGCAAUGCUAAAUAACGUCCUCUCCUUUCAGGACUGAUCAGGUAGACAUGCAAUCAUAUUUAGUUCAUUGUAUUGUAUUACACGGGGGUAGCAGACAUCAACACUCUUCACAAGCGUAGCUAAAAGAAAAGGGGCAGAGGAGGGGAAGGGGGCAAUGCCUACACAUCCUGCUGGUAGGACACGACCUCCUUCACAGGCUCAUACUGGUACUUGUAGGCAUCGCUGCGUUGACGCCGCAUGAACAAAAGACCGGCGAAGAGAACCAAAAAGCCGAUCGCGAAUGCUUCCCAAUUCAACAUGUUGUACUCAUCGUGGUAACCAAAACCAUUGUCGCGGGUUGGAAGGGCGUGCUUGUGUGGAGGCUUUUCGUAGACCCAUGGGAGAGUGUUGAUUUCGUAGAGCAUGGAUCCAAUAGCCCAACCCACUUUGUGCCCGUUGAUAAUCUUCUUCGCUGCGAUCUCAUCUUGGUCCUUGAAACCAUACCCCCUCAACAAGUUCAAGGCGUACACAGACC